UUGCGUUCGCCUGCAACGACUCCGUGCAGAGGGGGGAGACACGGGACACAGUGCGCCUUGAGAUUUCCAUGUAAACAUGUGAAAGGGAAACCGCGCAGCAGCGAGGAGCACACAGUGGUGGACUUUGGUACAAGAAUGACGGAUUGACCUUGUCUAUGUAACGAUAUGGAAGGGACCAACGCGUCCAGUCCCGUCGCCCGUACGAGCGCUGCUGUGACUGCUGUCCUGAGUGCUGCUGUGUGGACUGCUGCUGUGUGGACUGCAGGGGACUCGGCUGGGUUUGGAUAAUUGGCGCUUUCAUUAUGCCACCAACUGAGAAUCUGUUUUAACUGAAACUAUAUCAAAAAUUAUUUCACCUAAUACAGAAAUGGAUAGUUGCAAAAUAGCUUGGACAUUAGCUUAUACGUAUUUAACUAAUUAAGUUGUUUUUAUGAUUUAUCUUGAUGCGCUCGAGAAAUGUGGAGUGCGUUUGUGAACGGCUCGGGGCUGAAUGCUGGGGGCGGCGCUGGCGGGGGAUACGUCCCGUCUCAGGGAUGGGAGUUCGUUCCGUGCUCCAGGAUGGAUAAGUUAGACAGAGGCAGGGGGAAAACCCGCAGUCCGCUGAGAAGGAUCUCCUCUCCGCCCACUGUCUUCAGUCAGAUCUACGAGCCCCAGUUCGGUGCCUCACCGGGUGGAGGAGAAGGUGAACCAGGGACACAGCUUGAGAUCCUCAGGGGACAAAUGUGGCCGGGUCCCGAACCCCAGCAGCAGCAGCAGCAGCAGCAGCAGCAACAGCAGCAAACACAACACACACGGCUUAAAAAGAAAUUUGAGGAUUUGAAAAAGCGACAUGUACAGGACAAGGAGGAGUGGAUGCGCGAGAAGGAGUCAUUGUUGAGAGAAGUGGCUGAAAUACAAGGAGGGGAGAACAGGAGGAUUCUGCUGGACCUGAAGACGGUUUUGGAGGACGUGCAGGCGGAGGUGAAGAGAGAGGAGGAGAAGAGGAGUGAACUCCAGCUGCAGUACACCAGAGACAGAUGUGCCUGGGAGCUGGAGAGGUCUGAGCUCAAAUGCAGGAUUGCACAGUUGGAGGCUAGAGAGGGUACUGGGUCAGUGAGCGGAGGGGUCCAGUCAGCAGCAGGUCCUGGCUCUGUGGCGUUACGGAGCACUCAAGCACAGCACGGCGAGACCCCAACUCUCCGCCGAGAGAGGGAAGAGCAGCGAAGGCUCCUGGCAGACACACACUCAACGGCCAUGGACCUGCGCUGUCGCCUGGAGCACAAUGAGAGGGACUGGUUGAGAGAGAAGGCCGAGCUGCUGGAGAGGUUUGACGUGGAGAGGAGGGAGUGGGAGAGCCAGCUGAAAGAUAUGCAGAGGAAAAUAGAAGAGCUGUACUGUGAAGUGAGAGCCAAGCGAGAGGGGACCAGACUGGACUGUGGGAGGCAGGACGACGACGAUGUUGGGCACAGGCUCAGCAUACGUUCCACCAGCACAGGCUCGAGUCUGCUCAGCGACAACUCCCGCUCCGAGCCGCUCAGCAGCAGCAGUCAAUCAGAGCCAAACAGGCAGCCGUCAGUACCUGGCUUUGGUCACAACAGAAACAUCAGUGAUGGUGGUUUUGCUGGCAGAGAUGGUCACCAGCCAACCUGCUUCCAAACAGACAGCCUCUGUGAGUUUAACGUUGGUGGUCAGUUUACUCAGGAUGACCGAUCACAACCCGCACUGGUGGAUGAAUUGAGAUCCAGAGGCACUUGGCAGCAAGACAUUGUUGACGAUAGCAAGGAUGCUGUGGACACAACGGAGCUGGACGCUAUUUUUCAUGGAGGUCCUGGAUGUGGAGUGCCACAGAAAAAUUCCUCUAAAGGGAAUGAAAACACUGUUCAAGAAAGUCCUUUCUGGGCAGAGCUGAGUUAUGGCAGUGACAAGAAGAAGAACACCACCGCUCUCAAUGCAGCUCUGAAGGAGAUAGCCCGUGUAAGCGAGGAGCUUUGUAGCUACCAGGAUGAGAUCAGAAAGAAGAGUGGAGAUAAGAGGACUCGAUCUGAAUCCCUGUGCCUAACUGAGGAGAGUGAGAUGGUGUUUGGCCGUGAUAAAACCCGACUGGAGGUGGAGGAACCUCCCUGCGACCUCAGCCAGAUCUAUAAUGACCUCCGGGCCUUGGAAAGGGAAAACUGGAUCACCUUGUCACCAGAAAACACUUGGCGGGCCAACAGAGCUCCGAGUGAAUCCUGGAGAACAAGUUCUCCUGAUCCAGACGGCAACAGAGACACACAGACAAGCCCUGAAAUACUCUCUGAGAUGGACACAGCUGCCCCGCCCAUCCCUCCUCGCACCUCCUCCUGGAAUCUGAGCACUCCUACCCAUCCAGACACAGAACUCCACAUCCCAGAAUCCCCCAUGACGACAGUGAGGAAGUGCCAUAGCCCCUGUGUUUUGGGGGACAGAAAGUGUAGCAGUCCAUCCAUCGUCAGGAAGUUUGAGGCCAUGCUGCAAGAAAAUGAAGGAAAAGUCUUGGUCGACGGUGUGGUAGCAUCGUGCUCUGUACCUGCUAACUCUAACUGUAACAUGGGCUGCUGCCACAACCGCUGGUCCUGCGAUGCAAGCAAGUUCAGUAGCAGUAAGUUGUCUGCAUAUGGGACGGUACAGAAAAGCUUCUCUGAAGUCAACAUACUGAGUGCUGGGAAAGACUUGUGCUCAGAUUACAGCCCUGGUGUCAGCAGCUUAAAAAGCCCCGAGCUGCAGGUGCCCCAGCUCGUCAAAGAAUUACCUGUAGAUUUACUGUUGUCCUCUUUCGAAAUACCACCUGCCAGCCCCAAACUCCAGGGCGCUAGAAGAAACAUAAAGCUGGAACAAAAAACAGCCGAGUUCAACAGAACUUUGUUUCAGGCUGAGAUGGGCCGUGGUGUAAAGGAACAAGACAGUUUUACUGUAACAGAUGCCUCCUCUCUGGGUUGCCAGCCAGUCCUCGCAGCAUCAGAUGAGGUUUUACCUCCCAGGGAGGAUAAAUCUCAGCCACACUGUAUUGAUGUCUCCUCUGGCAUUAUGGGUAUGCAUCCUGAAGUCACAUUAUCUCUCUCCACUUUGGAUUCCGCAAUCCAGAACCCCGAGGUCCAGCUGAGGCAAAUGAGAUGUGGUCUUGAAGGACAAGAGGUCAGAAAGAAGCAAGAAAUCCCUGCUGACCUUUCACCUGAACAGCCACAGGUUGGACUCAGGGAGGCCACCACAAUAACCGCUCAGAGUCCCGCACAGCAGUCUGAGGUCAAGCACAAAGUUAGAACAGCAAGCAGUCCUUCUAGGAAAACACAACACAGAGCAGCCACAGAGGCUCUCUUUUCUGAGGCCGUCUUGCCUGCGAAUAGCCAGCCAGGUCAGAAUGUGGAGGGUUCCAGCUCUAAAAAUGAGAAUCCACAUGGAGCGAAGCCUCAGGCAGCCAGAGCCAGCGUCUCACUCCAGCAGCCGCCUGCAGAGAACAAACAAAGACAGGUGACACAGGCAGGGCACCAGGCACAGCCAAGGCAUGCACCUCAUUCCCAGUCUGAUUCCUCCAGACAGGGGCCUCGAAUGAUGAAUGAUCAUCCCUGGAAGCCCCUCACUCUGGCUGCGUACCCACGGCCUGAGGGAUCCAGGUCCAACUACGGGGCGCUGGAAAGGAUUCUGAAGAAUUACGAGAGUGCAGCCCGGGCUCAACAAAGCCAGAGUCAACAGAACGAGACGGCUUCAAGUCCUAACCUUAGUGUUAGGCAGGAGGAGAACAUCACAGAGCUGGACAUGCUGGACAUGGACCCUCUGCCCUUACCCCCUACUCUGAGGCACACGCAGGCUUCACACACCUCACAGACACACACCACACACGCACAGCUCAGCAGCCACACUGCCAUGGGUGUGAAAGAGAUACAGCUUAUAGUGCAGGAAAACAAAGAGACGUCUGUCUCCUCCUCCUCCGUCCAGAAGAACUUCUCCAGGCCUGCCCGUCCAGCCAAUCGACGCCUUCCCUCCCGAUGGGCCAGCCGAUCCCCGACUUCUUCCUCCUCCACCUCUUCAUCUCCUUCUACCACCCCCGUCAUGCCGCCGUCUUUCCCCCUCCAGAAACACACCUCCUCCUUCACCUACUCACACGCCUUUCACAUAGAGACUGUCAUCAUUUGAUCUCACUGUUUGAACCAGCCAGAAGCCUUCAGUGAUAACCUCUGAACUUUCCCUUUCUCUUUUUGUCAUUACUGUUGUACAUACCAAACCCAGACUGCUUCUCCACGCCUAUAGACUCAGAAGUGCUUUAGCUGUGAGUUCACCAACUCACCUUUUAGAAUGUACAUGGCAUCAAGUGGAGCCUAACUGACCAAGGACGGCAAGUAAGGGGUCUUCUGCAGUACGCUCCUGGUUAACCUGCCAAGCACCAAGCAGAGACUCAGAGGACAGUCAUAACAUCACUUUUCAAAGGAACAGUCACAGGAAAUGCAUCAUUCAUUCAUGACAACCUUCUGAAUAGACAUCCUAUGCUCAGGUCUGGAUUCUAGCCUCCGCUAGUGUAGCCUUGCAGAUUUACCAACAGACCCGUCAAUACUCCUUCGGGUCUAUAUAAAGUAUUUACACCUUUAAAAGUGAUGCUAGCUCACAUUGAAACGAUCUACAAACUUUCAGCCAAAUGAAAUACAGAAUGACGUAUUUUGUGUGCAACAUGUUUUGUUUGCUUUUUGCACAAAAUAUGAUGUUACCAACACAAUAUGCAGCCUCAUGUUGGUGUCAGAGAUAAAGGCAGUGGAGAAGAUUUCCGCCGGCAUCGUGCUCUCGGUGUGCUGACUAAAGCAGUGUUGGUUUUCUGCCUUCUUGAAUAUUACCUGCAGUACAUGCCUGGACUGUACCUUGCCUGUGACUAAAACAUCUUGCUUUAUUCUCAUGAAUGGCUUUACAUUUUUUUCAUAAUUAAGCAAAAACAACAUUUACUUGAUAUCAGCAGAUUAAAAUGUGAGUUCCUUUUUUAUAACUUUGUACCAAAGGCUGGUUUCUUUAUAUGCAUUUUCCUCAUUUGAAAAUGAAAUGCAUCGUUUGCAAUGGCAUUUACGUCGGCCGUCCACCCAUUGCUGAAGUUUUCCAAUCAAAAUGUAUGUUAAAUGUCACUCAUGAGAGCCUGCUUUUGUGCAUUACAUAAGUAAUGAUGCUUAUAAAAAAAAAUACUGAAAAGCCUUUUUUUUCUACUUUUACUAAUUCAGAAGGGUCACAUAUCAGGACACUCAGCUGAGUAGUGUAGUUUUUUUUGGGUCAGAGUGGUGAAUCAUAUCAUGAUGAAGGUGAUGCCUUUGC